UUUCAGUCUCUGAUCAGACGAGCUAGAGUAUGGAUAGCUACAGAUUCGGUACCGUAGACUACAUCGUGUUUCUGGGCAUGAUUAUUUUGUCCACGGCCACAGGAAUCUAUUACGGAUACAUCAAGAAAAGCACUAAAAAACCAGAAGAACCUGUACCAUCAAUCAGUCCAGGACAGAAAGGAAAACAUGACUUCGGAUCGGAUAAGCUUAACGAAUACCUAAUGGGAUCGGGAAGUCUUAAAGUUUUUCCAGUUUCCAUGAGUCUAAUAGCCAGUUCCAUAUCGGGUGUCUCAAUUUUGGGCAUCCCGCCUGAGGUCUAUAACUAUGGAACCCAAUAUUGGAUUAUUGUCGUGCCAAUUUUAUUGGAAUAUUUUGCAAUUGCUUAUAUUUAUUUGCCAGUAUUUUGGAAUCUUCAAGUUGGCUCUGCAAAUGAGUACUUGGAACUGCGCUUUCACUCAAGUAUUCGAAGUAUAGUUUCGAUUUUUUUUAUUCUGGGUGUGUUGCUUUACUUGCCCUUUUUGGUAUAUUUACCUGCCCUAUCUUUAAACCAAGUUUCUGGCAUAAAUAUUUAUAUAAUAGAAGCAGUCAUUGUGGCUGUUUGUGUUUUUUAUACCAUUGUGGGAGGCUUAAAAGCUGUGGUUCAUACGGAUGUCUGGCAAACAGUGAUCAUGUUCUUUUCAGUUAUAGUAGUUACUAUUCUGGGAACUAUUUAUGCCACUGGCCUGGACUCCCUUUUUGAUGACUUGGAUGCGAGGGAUCGCCUUGAAAUAUUCAACAUAGAUCCCUCACUUUAUGUUCGACACACUGUAUGGGGCUUGGUCGUCGCGGAAUUAUUUGGCUGGCUUUCUGUAAAUGCUGUGAACCCCACCAUGGUACAUCGGUAUAUGACCCUUCCUUCCCUAAAGAAGGCCAGGGCUGCGUUGGCGAUAUAUACUGUGGGAAGUGCCGGGUUCAUCUUCGUCUGCACCUAUUUGGGAGUGCUCCUGUUCGACAAGUACAAGGACUGUGAUCCCUUGAGUGCAGGUCUGAUUACGAAUGACGAUCAAAUGUUGCCCCUGUUUGUGGUGCAGAGUGUGGGCCACAUUUACGGAAUGCCGGGUCUGUUCAUCGCCGGAAUCUUCGGAGCUGGCUUGAGUUCUCUCUCCGUUUAUUACAACUCCACCUCGUUGGUGAUCCUGGAGGACAUCGUCAGAGGUUGCUUCAAGAUGCGUCCCAGCGAGAGGAUGUCCAACAUCAUUGUCAAGUCCAGCAUUAUUGUCAUGGGACUUCUCUCCAUUGGCCUGGCAUUGGUUUUGGAGCAACUUAGUGGUAUUCUGAGUACCUUCACUGCCAUUGUGUCUAUAACGGCUAGUGGUGCCUUUGGAAUAUUCACUCUGGGAAUGGUAGUUCCCUGGGCAAACACCCUGGGCACGGCAAUUGGUGCUCUAGUCGGAGUCCUCUUUUCCGGUUGGAUAUGCCUCGGAUCGCAAUUUGCAGCGGCAUCAGGACAAUUGAAUUCCCAGAAACGUCCCAUAUCCGUGGAUGGAUGUGUUGGAAAUGUAACCCUACUGGAAACUAAUUGGGUGAACGAGGAGGACGUGUUGCCACUUUACCGAAUAUCCUACCACUGGGUAGUUGUAAUUGGAGUUAUCACUGUUUUAGUUGUGGGUACUUUAGUAUCUUUUGUGACUAAACCCACAAACAUAAGGACUAUUGAUCCAAAUCUGUUAGCCCCAGUGAUACACAGAUUCCUACCAAAAAAGAACAGAAACCUUGAUGAAGAAAAUAAAAUAGAAUUAUAGAAGAGGUAGGAUUUUUAUUUUAUCAUUUUCUUUUAAAUGACUUAAUUUUUGAAAGAAAUCCCAUUUAAGAAUAGAUGCCAUAUUUUGGAAUAUUUGAUUAAAUGUGUCUUAACUUUGUAAAAGAUAACAUAUCUUUUAUAAACAACAUAAAGUUUGAUAGACGGGUACUGAUUUCACACAUCUCCAUAACAGAUUCCUACUAAAGAACAGAAUAAAUGUAUCUGAAGAAGAAUAAAAUAUUAAUUUUAAAAAUAUUUUUCUUUUUCGCAUAUCCUUGAAAUUCAUUCUUGAAGUUACCAUCUCGAGAGUUGAAAGCCAACUGAGGAAAGA